UCUUGUUAAUAAUAAUCGUGUUACAUUGGGUUCAAGGAAUGAAGAUGUCAAUGGCGGAAGUGUCUCAAUUCUGCAACCUCUCCUCCAUUACAGAUUGCCUACAAGUCAGAAGGAGUUUCUUACUACAGAAGAAAUCAAGAACUCUCUUUGGGCCAUGGACAGUGAUAAGGCUCCUGGGCCAGAUGGAUUUUAAUGUCUUCUUCUUUAAGGCUGCUUGGAGUAUUAUUGGUAAAGACUUCACUACUGCAGUCAUGGACUUCUUUAUUAAAUCUAAGCUGUUAGGAGAAGUUAACAGCACUAGAGUAGCCUCGAUUCCUAAAGUGCCAAAUCCUGAGAGAAUUGCUGAUUAUCGACCCAUUUCAUGCUGUAAUGCGGUCUAUAGAUGUAUAACUAAGAUUUUGGCAGCAAGGCUGAAAGUCUUCCUAGGAGAUUUUAUUUCUCCAACUCAGUCUGCCUUCGUAGAAGGGAGAAGUAUUGGGGGAAAAUAUUCUUCUUGCUCAUGAGUUGGUGAGGGGUUUACAAGAGGGAAGGUAUUAGCCCAAGAAGUGCAAUUAAAGCUGACAUAAUGAAGGCGUUUGACUCUGUGAGUUGGGAAUUUUUGCUGCAUAUCUUUCAAGCUAUUGAAGUUCCUGAUCAAUUUAUUAGAUGGAUAGCAGCCUGUAUAACCGGUGCUCGAUUUUCCAUAUCAAUCAAUGGAAUUCUUGAAGGUUACUUUAAGGGGGGAAAGGGAGUGAGGCAAGGUGAUCCUUUAUCUCCCCAUCUUUUCGUUAUGGCUAUUGGAAGUACUAUCUCAAAUGUUGAAUAAGGCUGCAGUUAGUGGAAGAUUGUCCUAUCAUCCUUACUGUGCUAAGGUUCAACUGACUCACUUGGGUUUUGCGGAUGACGUGAUCAUAUUUCUUAAAGGUGAAGAGCGUUCAUUUAGGGCUGUCCUGAGAGUUUUUGAAGAGUUUUUUCAGUACUUGGGCCUGAAACUCAAUUCAAGCAAAACAGAGGUUUACUUUGCUGGGAUGAGUCAGAAGGAUGUCAGUGACAUGCUCAAGAUAAGUAGCUUAAGACUAGGCACACUCCCAGUUAAGUAUCUGGGGGUUCCAUUGGUGCCAGGAAGAUUGACUGAUAAAGAGUGCAAGCCUUUGAUUGAGAAGAUUUUUAGAAGAAUUAAUAGCUGGCGUUUAAAGAAUUUAUCUUUUGCAGGCAUAUUGCAGUUGGUAUCUUCUGUUAUUUACUCCCUCGUUAACUUCUGGUGUAGGGCCUUCAUUUUGCCUAAGAAAGUGAUUAUUGAAGUUGAGAGGAAAUGUAAAGCUUAUCUGUGGAAGGGGACUGAUUCCGAUGCAAGAGGAGCCAGAGAUGAUUGGGAUACUGUCUGUUUCCCAAAGAAAGAAGGUACAUGGAAUGUCUUGAGGCAUAAGAGGGAGAAGGUGGAAUGGUACAAGUUUGUCUGGAUCCACCCCUUUUGUACCACAUUGGAUAGAGUUUUAUGAUUAUCACAUGGUUGGCUUUCCUCAAUGGGCUGCCCACAUUGGAUAGAGCUUUGCAGAUGGAGGGAAGGUAUUAGCAGCACUUGUGUUAUCUGUUCUGCAGCCAUUGAAACUGGAGAUCAUUUAUUCUUUGGUUGCGAGAUCGCGAGGCAUAGAGCAGAGUUUUGGUCAUUAUUGGUAUUACUCGAAGCGUGGAUGAUUGGAGUGGUGAGGUGAGAUGGGCGUCGGAGCAUGCUAGGGGGGGAGUCAUUGCAGGCAGUUGUGUAUAAGCGUGUUUGGCAGUCCCAUGUGUAUAUGAUGUGGAAAGCCAGGAAUCAGAAGGCCUUAGCAAUAUAUUAUUUAAAAAAAUACUUGCACUUCAAAUAUGAAGGGAAUCUGAAUAAUGUUAGUGAUUAAAUAAAUAUGUCAUGCAAUUAAAUCGGAGAAUUAGUAGCAAAUUUG